AUGAAUACACAAAAAGAAAAAGCAGAAGAAACAAAGCAAAAAGAAGAGUCAUACAAUGAGAAUCUACCCAGUACUAGUAGGCAAGAUAUAUCAUAUAAUGAGAAUCUACCCAGUACUAGUAGGCAAGAUAUAUCAUAUAAUGAGAAUCUACCCAGUACUAGUAGGCAAGAUAUAUCAUAUAAUGAGAAUCUACCCAGUACUAGUAGGCAAGAUGUAGGAAAUGUUGUUAAUCAACUGCAUCAUAUGGCUAAUCUUUUAACUCACAUGAUAAAGAGUAAUAAGAACAAGGAACAUACUAUAACAUCUAUAAUAAGCAAUUUUAUUAUAGAAAAUGACCAUGCAAAUUCAGAAUUAAACAGAAUGUUACUUACAAAAUUGCUAAAACAUUAUGAGAACAAGACAAAUUUAUUAUCUUUUGACAAUAUGUCAUUAAAAGUAAUUAAUACAAUUCGGGUUAUUGCAAAUAAAAAGGAAAGGAUGAUGUAUAAUGAGUAUGUAGGCGUAGAACUAAUAAAACUACUGUAUAACAUCGAAGAAACUAGAUCUCAGAUGGAUUUAAAUACAAAUGAAGAACAUGUUACUAGCCAUGAUGAACAUAAUACUUUAUUAAUACACACAGAACCUAGUAGAACUGAAGAACAUGUUACUAGCCAUGAUGAACAUAAUGCUUUAUUAAUGCACACAGAACCUAGUAGAACUGAAGAACAUGAUACUAGCCAUGAUGAACAUAAUACUUUAUUAAUACACACAGAACCUAGUAGAACUGAAGAACAUGUUACUAGCCAUGAUGAACAUAAUGCUUUAUUGUCUAGUGAGUAUGAAACAGAUAGAUAUUUUUUCGAAUCUGAUAUAGGCACAGAACUGGAGGACCCAGUCAAACUAGAGUUGUCUAUGCCAUUAAACCACAUAGAUUCCAACAAGAAAUACCAAAGUCAAUCAAAUAACUAUGAAUCGGUCUUGACCAAAGAUGAAAUAUGCACAGAAAUAGAAGGAUUGAGAAUGCUAUUAAAUAACAGCGGUCAUAGUUUAGAUAGUGAUAUGGUUAAAUUUGGUAAAAUGUUAAAUAGCAUUAUCAAACUAAAAUUAUCACAUUCUACAGCAGUUUCUAAACCGAAUUAUAUAAAAACAGCAACUGAUAAUUUUAUAUCUGAUGUGCUGAACCAUAUAGAAGAUGAAAUUAUAUCAAAUUAUAAAAACGAAAAAGGAAAAGGAACUCAAUUGGCUUUUUCUCUAGAAACAAUUAGCACUUUAGAAUAUCUAAAGAAUUUAUUCAUUUUAAUGAAUAUUAAAUGCAAUCCACUGAUAACAGAUGAAGUAGAUACAGAAAGGAGUGACAAUUCACUGGCCUCUACUUCAAAUGAAAUACAGCAGCAUACUUUACUGCCAAAAGAAAUUCUUAAUGCAGAUUUACCAGAAGAAAGCGUGUUAGGCAAUAGCAGCACUUCAGAGCAAGUAUUACCAACAAAUAUCAUGGAAAUGGUUUUAAUGCGAUUGAAUGCUCUAUGGUAUAAUGAUGUUAACUGGGGGGUAAUUAUAAAAACUUCAUUCAUGUCAAUAUUAGCUAUAAUAAUGAUUUUGGAGGGUUUAAAAUUAUUUUUAAAUAUUAUCAGAAGUUCAUUUGCAGCUGGCAUAUUCCAAAUAAGAUGA